AUGUGGCCAUCAAGUUUAACACUGAAGGAUUUGCUGGAGGACGGAAGCAGCAACAGCAGCAGCAGCAGCAGCAAAAAACGUGCUGCUGUUGAGGAGUGUCUGGAGACUGCCGUGGGGCUACAAGAUGGUGACACGGGAGAUAAUGGAAACAGCAGCAGCAGCAGCAGCAGCACAAGCAGCAGCAGCAGCAGCAGCAGCAGCAGCAGCUUGCUGAUGGGAGCUGAUGCCUCUAAUCUUGGUCGUAUAGGGAAGGGGAAGAUACACCGCGGGUUGCUGCAGUAUACAGCAAACUUAAUCCUUAGCAAACACAGAAGCAACUACAGCAGCAGCAACAGCAGCAGCAGCAGCAGCAGCAGCAGCAGUCUUCCUGAGGUUCACAUCAACCCCAUCGACACCACCAACGUCAGCAGCAGCAACAGCAGCAAAAGCAGCAGCAACGACAACACCAGCAUCAACAACAACAACAGCACCAGCAACAGCAACAACAACAACAAUAGCAGCAGCAACAGCAGCAGCAGCAGCAAGUACAGCUUGUGCAGCAGCCACUAUAGUAUGGGUAUAGAUGAGUUAUGUGUCUUUGGUUAUAUUAGCGGAGAUUUAUUUUCUCUUUUUGCUGCUGCAGCACAAUGGCAAGAUGCAGCAUUUGCUGUUAUACAUGCAAUACAUGAGGAAAUAGCAGCAAAUUUAGUUUUGCUGCUGCGGCAGCAGCAGCCUGACGGUCUCUUCUGGGGAGAAGUUGCUGCUGUAUCCAAGGCACCUGCUGAAGCUGCUGCAGCAGCAGCAGCAGCAGCAGCUGCAGCAGCAGCAGCAUCUCUGGGCAGGCCGCAGCUCUCUUUGUCAACGAAUAAACGCUGCGAUAUGCUGCAGCAGCAGCAGCAGCAACAACAACAACAGCAGCAGGAGGGUUGCUGCGGAUCACCAAUAAACAAAGACAUCUUGCAGCUGCUGCCCCGAUUUGCUGCUGCUGUUGCUGCAGCAGCAGGCGGGGAAGCAGAGGCUUUGCUGCCGCGGGAAGAGACCCAGCAGCAGGCAUCAACAGCAGCAGCAGCAACAGCAGCAGCAGCAGCAGCAACAGGUCUCCCCGAGCCUGCUGCUCUUGACAGAGCUGUUGCAGCACUCAUUUGCCGUUCCCUCCAAAAUCUGCCGCUGCUGUCGCAGUCGCUGUGCAGCAGCAGCAGCAGCAAGCAGCGCAUAGCAGCAGAACAUCGCGAUUCCUUCCGUCUCCUGCAGCUGCAGCUGAUUGCUGCCUAUCUAGAGAUGCCAGUUGCUGCUCUCCAUAGUUCCUGCCCUGCAGCAGCAGCAGCAGCAGAAGCAGCAGCAGCAGCAGAAGCAGAAGCAGAGGCAGCAGGGGAAGCAGCACCAGCAGACAAAUGGCCUCAAACUUAUGACUUGCUGCAGCAACUGCAGCAACUUGUAUGCAGCGGCGCUACCCUCUGCUGCAGCAACGGAGACAAGACCUUCAUAAGCUGCAGCGGAGAAAAUGCUGAGCUGCAGCGAUUUGCUGCGCUGCUGCUGUGCGCUCUCCGCGAGAUCGGUCAGGUGCAGCAGCAGCAGCAACAACAACUGCAGCAGCUGCUGCUACAGCAGCAGCAGCAGCAGCAGCAAUUUGCUGCUAACGAGGUUAUUAUGCUGGAGAAGCACAGCCUAUUCACAGUAGACGGAGAAAUCUGCGAUAACAUUGUCGGGCAAUAUGUUUUUGAGUCAUUGGAGAGUGGGUCUCCAUUGGAUUUCUCUUUGGCUCGUCUUGCUCAGCAACUCUCACCACAAAGAAGAGUGAGCCAGCAGCAGCAGCAACAGCAGCAGCAGCAGCAGCAGCAGCAGUUGUAG